AUGGACCCUUUUUCGGCACUGGCCGUGGCGACCGCGGCGCUCCAGGUCAUUGAUUUCUCGGCAAAGCUGGUUACAACGGGUACUGAGUUGUUUAAACACGGUUCUACCAACCGGACUAUUGAUUUGGAAUGGGCAGCUACGGAGCUACGGGACUAUACUGAGCGUCUGCAGAAUGCGCUGCAACUUGGUCCUAAUACCCGCAGCCUUGCCGAGGCCGAGUCUAAACUUUGCGAUCGUGCCGGUGAAGCUAAGCAGCUGGCAGAAGAGCUCUUGCAGCUCAUCAACGAAUCGAAGAGAAGAGUCGGGAAAAACAAGGUGUACGAGGGUUUCAGAUCAGCCUUGGUUACCAUCUCGACCAAGUCGAACAUUGAUCGCAUAGAAAAUAAACUAGACUCUCUCCGCAAGGACCUUGUUUUGCAUAUUCUAGUCACGCUCAAACUCCAACACCAACUCGCCAGCGCUCGAAGCGAUGGUAGGUUCGAGUCUCUUGGCAAGAGCGCCAAGGCCAUUGCCGAAGGGAUUCUCGAUAAUCGAAAUUACUUCACCACGGGCAUAAAAGACCUGGAAGGCGCUAUCGAGGAGCAAGGUAGGGGGAUCCAAGAAAGACUCGAGGAAACCGUGGCUGCCAUCGCAACUUUGCAGCAGACGUGGAUGUCGGAAGAGUCUCUCCCCAGACGAGCCGUUGGAUGCAAUGACCUAUCGAGCGUGUUUACACAAGAUAGCGUUGCGGACCUUCGAAAACUUCAGGCUGAUAUCGUGGACUUUUUAUGGUUCAGAGACAUUCACGCUCGAAGAGACAGGGUUAUGGAUCCGUACGAAGAAACAUUUAGCUGGAUUUUUGAUGACAAGGACGACGCCACCGGAUUUCCUAGGCUCUUAGAAGAUUGGCGCUCCGAGUACACCAUGCUCACAGCCACAUUCUAUUUCUGGAACGCCGGAAACACCCUUCAGAAAUCGCAGGCUGGCCUUCUGCGAUCCAUUCUAUACGACGCGCUCGAGAAGCAUCCUGAGCUCAUCCCCGUCGUAUUUCCAAUGCACUGCCGGUUGCUCUCUCGAGGACGAACACUGGACGGAGAGCCAACGCUGGACGAACUCAAGACAGCAUUUUCGAACCUGAUGAAACAAGAAGUCGUCCCGAUGAAGAUAUGUCUGUUCAUUGAUGGCGUGGACGAAUUCGAGGGUGACCAUGAAGAUUGCACAACUUCACUCAGAAAGACAUUAGGCGAUAUGUUGAGGGGCAUUUAUUCCCGCAAGGCCCUGGCCGGUCCAUAG